AAAAUAACAGAAUUUUCGACAAUAAUAAAAUUUGUGUCUAAUGUAACUUGAUGCAGGGAAACGGAAAGUGCACUAUAAAUUUCAAGAUGGAGAAGAAAUGGCAGAAGAAUAUAACUUAGAUACCAAUAUUGUUUUAAGGAGAGCCUGGAAAAGAGGAAAAAAUCUAUCAAAAAAAAGUCAAUGGGAAAUAGAAGUAGGGGAUCCAGAACCUGAUACUUUAUCAUUAGAGGCAAUAGGGCUCAAAGAAAAUAGUAAUACUCCUUACAUAAUAAAAAGAAUUACUAGUACUGCACUGGAAUGGCGUAUUAGGAAUUUAUCGUACCCGAUUGAAGUUUAUUCUGUUUUGGCAGAUCCUGAUAAUAAAUGUAUUAUUGUGAAAACUUCCAAUAAAAAGUAUUAUAAAAAAAUUACUGUUCCUGAUCUUGAAAGAGUUAAUCUAGUUCCUGAUCAGAAGAGAAUCGAAUAUACCUACAAGUUUGGCACCCUUAUCAUAACUUACAAAAAGCCACCAGAAGUGUUGAAAUUGGAAAGGCAAGUACUAGAAGAACUGCAGAAUGUUCAAACAAUAAAAGAUGGUGAUCUUCCAUGUAAACCAAGUUAAAAUGAAAACAGAAGAACAAUAUAUAAUUGUUAUUGUUUUACAGUAUGACUAAAUAUAAUAUGAAAUUAUUGUUUUAUCUAUUCCAAACAGAACUACUUUUACACAGCACUUUGUGGAUCACACAUCCUUAUAUCCUAUUCCAUAUUUUUCUGAUAUUAUGUCAAGGCAAUAUAUAUUUUUUUUUUUGUUUAUUUAAAUACCCUAAAACAAACUUUUCACUGUGACUGAUUUAGAAGCUGUUGUCAGUAAAGAAUUACUUUUUUAAAAAAA